AGAUCUUUUGUUUGGUGUUGCCAGGAAACUUCUUAAAACAGAACCAUCUCCUGUGUGUUCACUUCUCCUGCAGCACUUCUAAUUAUGGAAAACUCCGACGAGCCUAAUGAGAAGGAGCGGCUGAAGAUGAGGAUCGCUGUUCUGGAGGAAAGUGUGAAGUCCUGUGAGGUGGAGUGUAAAGCCAGCAGAGAGACGGUGCUGAGGCUGGUGGCUGAACUCGACCAGGAGAGGAGGAGGACGGCUAGUAGUGCAGCUGCUCUGGAUUCACUCAAAGUGGAGCUGGAUGGCCUCUCAGUGGGACGGAGGAGUGUUGAGAUGGAGAAGCAGAGUCUGACUGAGAGGCUUGAAGCCAGCAGGAGAGUGAUUGAGGCGGCCAGGAGAGAGUCACAGUGCUUGGAGAAACAGGUGGAGGAGCUAGAAAGAAAGAUUCAGGCAGCUGAAGGGAAAGCGCAGACGUUUCUGGAGAAGGUGGCCGAGCUCCUGCAGGGGAAGUGUGAGGACGUCAUCCUACCCACAGAGAGAGAGAUUCUGCAAAACCUGGACAAGCUCUGCAAUAAGACAGUUUCAGAUAUGGAGGCGAGGCUGAGUCGUUUCUAUGAGCAGCUGAGUGAGCAGACGGAGCUCCAGCAAAGCACACAACAGAGAUCUCAACUCGCAGAGCAGCAAGUCCAGGACCUGAGGGAGAGACUGCAGAGUCUGGAGGCUGAACUAAUGACAGCCGACAUGCACCGAGACGGACUGAGACGCAGCAAACAGCAGUACGAGGAGUUUCUGGAGGAGCUGUCAGAAAUGAUGAAGGUUGACAGUAUUGCAGUGGAUCUCGGCUUCGACAUGAGGCUGAAGCUCAUCCUGUCACGUGCAGAACAACUUGUCAAACAUGAGGGAAAGGCUUUGGUGGAGACUAAAAGUCUGACCUACAGCUUGCAACGAAAGCUGAAGUCACAGAAGGACCAGCUAGAGAGCAAAGGACUCCACAUCCAGCUCCUGAGGAAGAAGCUUUCAGAGCUAGAGGAAGAGAAGAGGAGUCGAUCGGCGUUGGGUGUAGAACGAGACGAUGCACAUCUGGAGGUCAGGAGGCUGCAGAAGAAAGUGGAGCGUCUGCAAGGAGAACUGAAGGCCACCAAGCUGUCCAACACUGAGCUCAAGGCCCAGUUGUCCCACACCAAUGAGCUGAAGUUGAAAGUUGUGGAACAGAGUCAGGCCAUGCAGGAGCAGAAAAAGAAGCUGGAUCAGCUGGUGGAUGUGAAGACGAAGGUGGAGAAGACGCUGAGCACAGUGAGUUCAGACCUGCAGAGCCAAGAGAAGAAGACCAAAGAGGACCAGCAGCACCUCAGCAGCCUCAGACAGAGUUUGGCUCAGCUGUCCGACAGCCAGAGGGAGUUGACGGAUUUCCGGAUGGUGGUUUCCCAGAUGCUAGGCGUGGACGCUACAUCUUCAGCUCGUUCAAAUUAUGAAAUCAUCAAACUGCUGGAGAACCUUCUUCACGGUCAUCAUCACCUUCAUCAUCACGUUAACCCACCCUGCCUCUGUUCUACUCACCAGUGGCCUCAUCUGCUGCAAAUCCUUCCCGACUCCUCCACUGUGGAUGUUUCUACCUGCAGGUCUUCCUCAGGAGAUGCAGUUCGCCUUCAUGAAACCUAAAUGUUUCCAUCAUAUUCAAGCCAAAUGUCACUUGAAAUAUCGAGAAACGUUGGGGUAUUAUCUAAAAAGCAUGUUACAAUACACAUUCAGAGAGCAGAUAGUACAAAAAUCUAAUAAAAAGACAAAUUUCAGAAUGA